AUGCGACAACAAUUUAGGUCCUUGCGGCAAGCUACGAUUAGAGAUGGCAGUUACAAUGGAAUCUCGGACACGAUUGCUCGCUACGUCUCAAGGAUCAGUGCCCUAACCAUCGAUGAUCACGAAUGGUACGAAUGUGCGCAUCAGGUCAAUCUCUUGCGUCGGAAUCAUCCGGAAUACAUACGGCUUUCCGGUGCUGAAGAGGUUGGUUUGGGCCUUGACGACAUGGGCGAUUAUGAGCCACUGCCUACCUCCGACAUAAACGAAGGCACCUACCCCAGAACCCGGCCUCGCUCAACACCACCUCACCAUUCUCGUCCCUUGUCUAACCUAGCGCCUAACCGCGCCACCAGUGCCGCCAGCGCGCCCACUUCGCCAACCCCAUUGACCUUCACAAACCUCAGUGGGAUCCGCACUUACAACACGUACCCAAAUGCUCGUAACCACCGCCACCACCCCUAUCCUCCUCCACGGCGAAACCGCAGUCGUUUCCUGAGCAUCGAUGUCAGGAACGCUGCCAUCUUCGAGCCGCCCUCCUCGCCGCCGCUUAGCUCGACCCCUCUUCUCCCGAGGCGCGUUCCAUCUCCAUCUUCCUCCUCCUCCUCUUUCGAAGAAACCCCCCUGUCCCCGCUCACCCGCCCUCCCACCACGCGACUCAACCCCCUCGCCGCCCCGUUCCACUCCAAUGCAUUCGCUGGCGCACUGACCCCGGCCGAACUCAUGUACCUCAAUCGCGCCGAGGUCGCGCUCGACGCAGACAGGGGGGAUCUCCGUGCGUCGCUGGAGUGGAGAAGGUGGAUUGCGGCAGUGACACAGGAAGCGCUUGAUCGCGUUGGCCCAGUGGCGGGUGUUGAAAGAGAGGAGGAGUGGGAGGAGAGAGCGGCGGCGAUGAGGGACGUUUCGGCCGGCCAUGGGGCGCCAGCUGAUGCUGAUGAGGAGAGUGAAGACGAAAGUGGUAGUGAGCUUUGA